UUCAGAAAGUGCUGAUGCCUACCAUCCUCCAAUUUUGAAUUUUGCUUCUUCAUAUAUUGAUGUUUCAUCCAAUUCAACACUGGAGAUCGAAUGUGAAGGAAAGUAUUCAUUAACAUGGAAACUACCAGAGAAUUUGGAUAUAAGCUUGAAAGACAAUAAAGAGCGUAUAAACAUAUCCUAUUCUUCUGACCCCAUCAGAGGCACGAACCAAUAUGUUAGCACAUUGGUUAUUAAAGAUUUGGUUUUCAGUGAUACUGGAAAAUAUACCUGCUGUUAUGCUGGUACCAGUUCAACUGGAAAUGAUAAGCAAAAUAAGACUUCAGUGUAUGUAUUUGUAAAUGAUAACGACCAUAUCUUUGUGCUCCACAAUCAGUCUCAGCUAUUUUUGCCUGUCAGGCCACCUACACCUUUAAAGCUUCCCUGUCUACCUACCAAUUCACAAGCAAAUGUUACUCUUAUGAAAAAUAACAACAUAGUUUCUACUGGAGAUGAUGUGAUUUUUGAUCCAACUCAAGGAUUUAUUAUAAAUCGUCCAACCAUUUACUAUAGUGGAAAAUUUAUCUGUUUUGGUCAAAUGGGUAAUCUCAGCAAAGAACUAAAUUUUUUUCUUUUUACCUUCGGCAACCAAACUCUAAGCCACAACCAGAGAUUGAUAACUCAUUGACCAAACAACCAGUUAUCAAUGGAACAUUAAGUUUAAUCUGUAAAGUCCGAGUGGCCUUAGAUACCUUGAUAUCAAUGGAGUGGGACUACCCUAAUAAGGGUAAAAAUGAUUCUAGGAUAACAGAAACAAAACCUACAUAUACGGUAAAGGAAUUGCCAUCUAACAGUCACAAAGCUAUCACAUCUAAAUUGAUUAUUACUUCUGUUCAGCAAAGUGAUGAGGGUACUUAUAAAUGCUCUGUUACUGAUCAUUUAGGAGCUACUAAUUAUCAUCAAGUUACAAUCAAAGUCUAUGAAGCACAACAGCAGCCUUUCAUUAACCUUACAACAGAUGUAAUCACAGAUUUACCUGUGGAACAAGAAGCUGGAAAAAAUAUACAAUUAGUUGUAACAAUAGCUUCUUCUCUUACACCAAACCAGUAUGAAAUUUACUGGGAAAAGGAUUAUAAUCUGCUUACUCCUAAUUCUCGGCAAAAUAUUUCUACAUAUGAAACUCAGACUGUUUUGACAAUUAAUAAUCUGAAAAGGGAAGAUAGUGGUGUCUACACUGUGUUUGGAAAAUCUGAGAAUUUGUUAGCAAAUAUAUCAAUCACUUUGCAGAUCAAAGCAAAGCCUAUUGUCACUAUUAUGAACCAGAAAGAUUUCUACAUGUUGCAGAAUCAUUAUGACCUAAUAUGUAAGGUCAUAGGUUAUCCACUUCCACAAGUCAGUUGGUUUUGGAAAUCCUGCAGUGAUGUGAGAAAUUGUAGUUCUGAUAGCGUCGAUGGCUGGACUGAUGUCCCUGUUCAAACUACCUUGCAGAAUGAAGGUACAGACACAGUUGUGCUGCACUUAGAUGCAACUGCUAAUGUUUCUGGUUACUACAGCUGCAUAGGAAGAAAUUAUCUUGGAGAAAGUAAAGCAAUUUCUUCAUUUUUUGUAUCUGAUGCCAAAAAUGGAUUUGAGAUUACAGCUGACCCUCCUGAACCUGUUGAACAAGAUAAAGUUACCUUAACUUGUCUUGCUAACAUUUUAAGUUAUACCAAUUUGAGUUGGAGAUGGUACUCUAUGAAUCAUGACUCAAAUGAUGGUGUUAAGAUGAAUAAUCAAACAGGCAUUUCAGUAGUUUUUGCAAGCUCACAAUAUUCCCAUACUUUGACCAUGGUCUUUGAUCCUAUUGCAAUAAACAAUAGUGGAGUCUAUGAAUGUUGGGCUUGGCAUAACAAUACCCCAGAAGUCAAACAGAAAAAAGUCACAAACUUAGUAGUUAGAGCAAUUAAGAAACCAUUCUACACAUUGACAAACUUGAACAAUUCUGAGACAAAAGCUGAACAUAACAAAGAAUUUCAGCUGAAGUGUUAUUCUAGUGGAGUACCUCAGCCUAAUAUCACAUGGUAUAAAGACAAUGAACUAUUUGAUGCAGCUAGUCUUUCUGGAGUAGAAUAUAAAGAUGAUAAACAACUUCUUAUUUUUAGAAGAGUUGUACAGAAUGAUGCAGGAACUUAUGAAUGUGUAGCAGAAAACAAAGGAGGUCAGAUCCGUGUUAGUACAGUGUUAUUAGUGGACCACAGUGGGGUCCCUUUUGUCAUCAGUAGUAGCCAGAAAGUUAUUAUAAGUGUGCUUGUUAUAACUGGAGUUGGACUUUUCAUCUUGGCUAUUUUGUUGAUCAAAAAGAUUUGUACUGAAAGGAAGUACAAAAUGGAGAUGGAGUUUUUUAGUUAUGCCCAGUUUGAGAGAGGACAUUUACAUUUAUUGAACCCUAAUUUACCGUUGGACAAUCAAAUAGAACUUCUUCCCUAUGACAGUCGCUGGGAAUUUCCAAAAGAACAACUAAAAUUAGGUAGAACAUUAGGCCAAGGAGCUUUUGGAAGGGUAGUAAAAGCAGAGGCUAUUGGCCUAGAACAUGGUGAAGCAACUACUACUGUUGCAGUCAAAAUGCUUAAAGAGCAUGCAAAUACUGAUCAGAAGAAAGCAUUGAUGGCAGAAUUGAAGAUUUUAAUUCUCUUAGGACGUCAUUUGAAUAUAGUUAAUUUGCUGGGAGCUGUUACUAGAAAUGUCAUUAAAGGAGAACUUAUGAUGAUAGUGGAAUACUGUCAGUAUGGUAACCUGCGUCAUUAUCUCCUUCAGCAUCAACAGAACUACAUAAAUCAAAUUAAUCCUAAGACAGGAAAGAUUGACCCAAACAUCAGCACAUUGCCUGGAUCAACUCGAUUAAAGGACAAAAAUAAGGAAAACUAUUUCCAAUAUCGAAGCAUUGAUAGUGUAAUGGCUGUUGAAAAUCCAACAUACAAGAACAAAUCCCUCAAGUAUGUGGAGCUAAUGCAUGGUCAGACCUCAGAUUUUACUUCAUAUAGUGGAGAAGUAAAUAUGUCUGAGUCUGUAGAGUUCACAGAUGUGAACAAUUCAGGUUCAACUGUUAAUUCAGAAUAUAUUGGCAGGGACUCUGUCAAGGAAGAAGGAAAGAAUUCAGACGUGUUUGUAUCAACUUGUGACUUACUCUGUUGGGCUUUCCAAGUUUCUCGUGGAAUGGAAUACUUGGAGUCCAGAAAACUCAUUCACAGAGACCUGGCUGCUAGAAACAUCCUUUUAUCAAAAGACAAUGUUGUAAAGAUUUGUGACUUUGGUCUAGCAAAAGAUUGCUAUAAAGACUCUAACUAUGUCAAGAAAGGAGAUGGUCCCCUACCAGUGAAAUGGAUGGCAAUUGAGUCAAUAAGAGACAAAGUAUUUACCAUUCAGAGUGAUGUGUGGUCCUUUGGAGUUAUGCUGUGGGAGUUUUUUACCUUAGGGGGUAAUCCAUAUCCAGGAAUUGAUGUAGAUGGAGAAUUUUACAAGAAACUGAAGGAUGGUUACAGAAUGGAUAAACCAGAGUUUUGUCCCAUUGAUGUGUACAAAAUAAUGCAGAACUGUUGGUUGGAGGUACCAACAGAACGUCCAGAUUUCACCACCCUUGUUGAUAAGCUUGGAAACCUUUUGGAAAGCAGUGUGCGAAAGUACUAUGUUGAGUUGAAUAAUCCUUAUGAAAUGAUGAAUGAAACAAUUCAGAAUAACAAUGAUUACUUGACAAUGGAUGGAACAACUAUAGACUAUAUGAACAUGAAGUCAGAAGAUCAAGAUGUUUCCAAAGCUGUGGAAAUUGGGUUGCCACAUCCUCCAAACCAUUACGACAACAUUGGUACAGUUCGACCUGUAGGAGAUGGUCCACCUCCAAAAGAACCCAUGGAAGUUGUGCCUAUGAUUCAGUUGGAAUCAGUGGGAGAUACAUGGCAUGAUAUAAUAGCAUCUGCUGGUCCAAAGGAUGAGGAAGAGAAAGAAUUAGAUACCCUUAACAUUAAAAGUAAAGUUGAUUAUUUGCUUAUGAACGGAGCAUGUAAUGCAGACAAAAAUGACGAUAAGAGGAAAAAGCCAAGUGAUUCAGUAUUUACUGAUUCAGAAAAUGAGACACAUUCUUUCUACUUUAAUACAGCCCCUCCCUCUUACAGUCUAGUUUGUAAUAACUCUCAUACUGGAUAUAAUGUAUGAAGAUCAAAAGAAAAAUGUACAAUGGUGAAAUAUUCAUUACUGCAAUGUGCAGUCAUAAACUUCUUAAAAAAGUUAUGGAAAAUCCAUCUCAUUUUUACAUAUAUAUAUAUAUUUUAUUUUCAGUAGUGACCAAAUGAUAAAAAAAAGACUAAAAAAACUGAAUGUGCUUGAAUGUUGCAGGAGUAAAACUAAAUGUUAUUUAUGUAAUAAUGUGGAUCCACUUUUCUUCCAGUGUUAAGAAUAACAAAGACAAAUUUCAGUGGCAGUCCAUAAAGAUCAUAGAGGUUUUCAUUGCGAUAGAACUACCCGUGAAAUGAGUCAGUUGGUAUAAUUAUGUAAAAAACGAAUAUAAAAUGGAAUGAACCAGUGGAUAUUAUUUGUUAAAUAUAUUUAGAAUGAACUGAUUUAUGAAAUUGCUUCAAAAUGUGUUAUUCAGAAAAUUGCAUUCUACCACUUCAGCUGUUAAUAAUAAUUUAAAUUAGUUUAAAAUAGUUUAGUUUUUAUGUCCUGUACCUGAAUGAAAUGUAACUUUUACAGUUACACUAUUCAGGGCAUUGUAUAAUUAAUGAAUUUGGUACAUAAGUGUACAUAUUUGCUUGAAUUUAAUAUUGAUAGGAGACUUAUAAAAUAAAUGAUGUUCAAAAUUUGUUAAGAAUAAUAUAGUGUGUAUGUAUAUACAUAUAUUGUGACAUAUGUCAGACUUAGCAUAAUUUAAUUAUUGUGAUAUUUACUAAUAACAUACUGUUAAGAUUGUAAAACCAUCAAUACUGGUGAUGCAGAAAAGCUUGUAUUCGAGAAAUGUAUUAAAGCAUUACAUUAUUAAAUAUGCAGUAUAGUUGGAUGUUGUGAGUUUUAAUUGUUUAAAAAAAAGACAGUGUUUAUUUUGAUGUGACAGCAUGUUUCUUAGGCUUGUAAUUUUUAAAUAUUGACUUAUAACUAAUAAUCCCAAAGCUGACUGCUUUUGAAAGUUUUCUGUGAGAUAGUAUUUGUAAAUAAUACCUUUAUUAUUAAUAAAUAAUUUUAAAUGUGAUAUAUGAAAUGUGUAUGUAGCUUUAGAGUAGUUUAUAACAUUUCUACAUUUAAGUUUUGGGAAUUUUUUUAAUUUAAAUACGGUAUUAAAACUAAUUCAAGAAAAUGAUAUUUAAACAAGAGACAAAUGUCAGUAUUACAUGUACAUAACUUUUACUGCCUGAAACUUGGAAAUCUAAAGCAUGAUUCAUAUUUAUGAUUUCCUGAUGUCCCAGAUUUUAGACUUUUUUUUUUACCUAAUCAGAAACAGUAAAAGUAUUAAAUUCUCCCAGUUUGUCUGUGCCUAAAUGUGAGUUUGAUAUGUACAGUUUGUCAUUAUACAUGGCUCCUUUAAAUUUUACUUGGAGAAUCAUCUGAUAAAGACAGGUCACAUGGUACAGCGUUCCUUCCCUCUCUGCUACAUUUUCUUAACCUAACCUGUCAUUGGGAAGCUGCAGGAAUUGAGAUCAGUCCAGCUGUGAAAAAGAAAAUGAAGAAGUAACAUUUUUCUUUUAAAUAUGUUCAAGAAAACUUAGGCUCAGUUUUUAUUUUAUGAUUAUAUUUACCAAUAUUAGCUUUUAACCUAUUUUGUUUAUCUAUGGUUUUGAAACAUAAUGCAAUAAACAUAGAUUAUUUAGCAAAUGGUAAAAAGUGUUUUAUUGUAAUCCAUAGUAUUUCAGAGCUGUUAAAGUGUCACUGUAUGGAAAAACAAAUCUCCCAGUUUUUCACCCUGGAUAUCUGGUAACCCUAUUCAUAUUACUACUGAAAUUCAGUGUAAUUAUUGUAUUUUACUGAAUAUUUUCUCUCCUACAUACUGUGUUUUGGUGAAUUAGGAAUGGCCUCAUGACUUUCCAGUCUAAUGCACCCAUCUCUGACAUAGAAACAUUUUUUACGUUUCCCUUGUUAAAUGCUUAUUAUUAUUAUUUAUAAAUAGGUGUUCCAAACUGGAAGUUUAACUAUCCUAACUCAACCUAUAUUUAUUGUUGAAGCCCUGAAAUGAUUUUUAUUUUAUUUUAAAGGCACAUUAAUCUAGAUUAGUAAUAUGGUGGGAAAUAUUUUCUAUAAAUAAUCUUCAGGUAAUAAGCUUUGAAAGGCUAUAGGUAUGUAUGUAUAACUGUUUAAGGGGAAAUUCUGCAUCAUUAAGUGUGAUUCUGAUAUCUUUCAUAAUUCCUGUGGAAUCCUGUGAAUAUUCUGAAAUGUGUAUGUUCAAGAUAGUUUGGCAAUAUAAGCCUUCUUCUGACUAACAACAGCAAACUUAUUUACUAUACCAUCAGAAAUUGUUUGGAUUAAAUUACGUGACUAUAUAAAAUACAGCAAUGAUGACCCUGAAUACAAUACCACAGACACCCACAUAAUUAUAUAAGGUUGUUGCUAACCUCAGUUCUCUUGCCCCAAGCAAGUCCCUCGUUUGUGAUUUGCACCCAGCCCUUAAACUUCUUUAGUGUCAGCCAUGUAGUAUAGAAAUUAAUAAAAUAUUAAUAUCCAAACAUGUUAGACAAAAGGGACACACCCAAACCACUUCAUUAUGAUACAGGGUACACAUUUACACAAUGCAACUUACUUAACACCAAGAAUUUAACUUGUUCAUAAUGGACACCCUGCAUGAGAUGAUGAUUUAAAUCAUAAGUUGUAAUAAGAAUGUUAUGUUAUUGAUAAUCCUUUGUAUUAUAUGUAAGUACUGAAUAUUUUCAUUGAAAAUAUAUAACAGUGGUUGUGUUAGGUUAAUUUUUUAGAUUUUGUAUGUGUCUUUCUGCAGACCUUGACACCUUAUAAAAAUUAAACAUAAUACAUCUGAAUUCCUAUAGAGAAUUUGGCUUCCUUACCUUAUAGUAUUAUGUAAGAGGAUACUUUUAGAUGCCUAAGUAAAAUUUGACUUCCUAAAGCAAUGGCAAUAUGUAACAUGAUAUGUAAUAAUCAAAAUACAUAUCUGUACUUUUAUUAAUUUUAAAAGGCAUCUGCCAAAUAUUAGCCCAGUUUAUCAAAUAGUUUAAUUAUCUCUGCAAAACUACAGUAAGUUCAACAGAAUUUGAAAUACCUGUUAGUAUGCUCUGAAAACUUAAAAAUUAUCAGUGUUGCUAAUGAAAAUGAGAAAUAGCAAAGAACUUAAAUGUAGAAUCCUGAAAGUCACCGCUUGUAACAUUAACCUACUGUUAUUUCACCCCAUUACCAAUUUUCUGCCUUGUACCACGUAGUAACUUGUUAAGAGCUUUCUGAAUUAGCUUAUCUCCUACUCCAACAGAUGUAAUAUUUCUAAGAUAGUCUCACACUUGAUAAAAGCCUUCUGAAAGUCUAAAUCUACUGGGUUACCCAUACCUAUAUUAAAUAUAAAAAAAUUUUGAAAAAAUAAGUAAACAUAAGACAUAAUAUUCCCUGUUUAAAUCCAUGCUGACUGAUUGUUAUUAUAUGAAACUUUUCUAAAUGAUUUUGAUUUUAUUUAAUUACAAACUAGUAAUUUUCCAACCACUGAAUUAAAAUCAACAGAUUCAUAACGAGUUGAACAUUGUCUAUCUCCCCUUAAAAACCCUGUCACAUUGGGUAGUUUCAGAUCUUCUGAAAGCUCACCACUGAUAAUGGAUUCUAUGAUAAUGAUAAUAAAUUAUGGUUAAUGGCCUAUAAAUCUUCUCUUGUAUUUCAUUCUCUAUCCUAGGAUAGGUAUUAUCUGGCAGUGUGUAACAUGAUACAUUUUGAAAUGCCUGUGCAGAAUUUGAUUUUAUCAAGUAAUGUUAGUGCAUCAUAUUAUAUAUAUUUCAAUUCCUGCCCAGUAUGUAAAACGAUACGUUUUAAUUAUUCUGUAAAACUUUUAUUUCGAAUGUAAUAAUCAUUUGAAAGCUAAAAUCUUUGUAGGGGAAAACAACAAUAUUGAUGUAUUGAAAAUGUCAUUAUUUUUAAUAAACUAUGUAUGUGAAUAAUAAUGAGUUAAAAGUCUUGUAAACUAAUCAGAGGCGUCCUUAGAGAGGUGCUAACGGCCGCACAUGCAAAUACCAAUUUAAAGGUCCCUUUAUUAAGUUAUCGUUUUGUUAUUAAUCAACUGUAGUAAGCAGUGCCGUAUUAAUUUUAUCCGGCCCUACUCGACCUUGACUUAUGAGCAAUACUAUUGGUACCAAAACUAAUCUGAGAAAAAUUUUUGUUUUUCGUUUUACAUACAGUUAAAUAAUAAGCAUUUAGAAUCCACCUUUAAAAUGUAUAAUUUUUGAUUUUAACUCUUCAAAAUUUAAAAACCCAAAAGUUUCCACAGGCUUAAGCGACCUUCUGACUCCUGAAAUGUUGGAAUUUAGAAUCCACCUUUAAAAUGUAUAAAUGUUGAUUUUAACUCUUGAAAAUUUAAAAACCCAAAAGUUUCCACAGGCUUAGGCGACCUUCUGACUCCUGAAAUGUUGGAAUUCAACAGAGCCUACGUUUGUGAUUCACAUUUAGCCACAAACCCUCUUAAGGUUUCUUCUGAAAUUAAUUGUAUGCAGCUAGCCGUUAUCAUCAACUAGUCAGCUUUGUAGAUGAUGUAAUAACAGUAUGUUAUAUAAAAAAGGAAUAAUAUGGUCAUAAGAAUGGAGAAAAAAAAUUACAUUUGUAUAUUACCAUUCGUUUCUUUAUUACUUUUUUCUUGUUUGAGAAUUAGCUAUUUUAUCAAAUGUAUUUUUUAUUCGUAACUUAAUAAAAUGUGAAU